GGUGGCUCACUCAGGCAGGUAGCAACAGGGGAGUGUGCACCUGCCACCAGUCGAGCUCAGCCAGACUGCCAGACGAGUCGGAGCGAGCUGAGGGAGUGAGUCAACCAUGGACAAGUUGAAGUGCCUGAGCUUCUUCAAGUGCAGAGGGAAGGAGAAAGUGACGGCUUCAUCUGAGAAUUUCCAUGUUGGUGAAACUGAUGAGAAUCAGGACCGUGGUAACUGGUCCAAAAAAUCGGAUUAUCUUCUAUCUAUGGUUGGAUAUGCAGUGGGAUUAGGGAAUGUGUGGAGAUUCCCCUAUUUGACCUACAACAAUGGCGGAGGUGCCUUCUUGAUACCUUAUGCGAUCAUGCUGGCACUGGCUGGUUUACCUCUGUUUUUCCUGGAGUGUUCACUGGGACAAUUUGCGAGCUUAGGUCCAGUUUCAGUUUGGAGGAUUCUCCCAUUGUUUCAAGGUGUGGGAAUUACAAUGGUCCUGAUAUCCAUUUUUGUGACAAUCUAUUAUAAUGUCAUAAUUGCCUAUAGUCUUUACUACAUGUUUGCUUCUUUUCGAAGUGAACUACCAUGGAAAAAUUGCUCAUAUUGGGCAGAUGAGAACUGUAGCAGAUCGCCUAUAGUUACUCAUUGUAAUAUCAGCACAAUUUCGGGGGAGAUCAUCCGAGUGAAUAAAAGCUGGGUAGACGUCAACAGUUUAAACUGCAUCAAUGGAAGUGAAAUUUAUCAGCCAGGGCAGCUUCCCAGUGAACAAUAUUGGAAUAAAGUGGCACUCCAGCGGUCAAGUGGAAUGGACGAGACUGGAGUAAUUGUGUGGUAUUUAGCACUUUGUCUUCUUCUGGCUUGGCUCAUAGUUGGAGCAGCGCUAUUUAAAGGAAUCAAGUCUUCUGGCAAGGUGGUAUAUUUUACAGCUAUUUUCCCCUAUGUUGUCCUGCUCAUCCUGCUAAUCCGAGGGGCGACUCUGGAGGGUGCCUCGAAAGGCAUUUCAUACUAUAUUGGAGCACAGUCAAAUUUUACAAAACUUAGGGAAGCUGAGGUUUGGAAGGAUGCUGCCACUCAAAUAUUUUACUCCCUUUCAGUGGCUUGGGGUGGCUUAGUUGCUCUAUCAUCUUACAAUAAGUUCAAUAACAACUGCUUCUCAGAUGCCAUUUUAGUUUGUUUGACAAACUGCCUCACUAGUGUGUUCGCUGGAUUUGCUAUUUUUUCUAUAUUGGGACACAUGGCUCAUAUAUCCGGAAAGGAAGUUGCUCAAGUCGUAAAAUCAGGUUUUGAUUUGGCAUUCAUUGCUUAUCCAGAAGCGUUAGCCCAACUCCCAGGUGGCCCAUUUUGGUCCAUAUUAUUUUUCUUCAUGCUUUUGACUUUGGGUCUCGACUCUCAGUUUGCAUCCAUUGAAACAAUUACAACAACAAUUCAAGAUUUAUUUCCCAAAGUGAUGAAGAAAAUGAGAGUUCCUAUAACUUUGGGUUGCUGCUUGGUUUUGUUUCUCCUUGGUCUCGUCUGCGUGACUCAGGCUGGAAUUUACUGGGUUCAUCUGAUUGACCACUUCUGUGCUGGAUGGGGCAUUUUGAUUGCGGCUAUACUGGAAAUAAUAGGAAUCAUCUGGAUUUAUGGUGGGAACAGAUUCAUUGAAGAUAUAGAAAUGAUGAUUGGAGCAAAAAGGUGGAUAUUCUGGCUAUGGUGGAGAGCCUGCUGGUUUGUCAUUACACCUCUUCUUCUGAUUGCAAUUUUGAUCUGGUCACUCGUGAAAUUUCAUAGGCCUAAUUAUGCCGAAAUUCCAUACCCUGACUGGGGAGUUGCUCUAGGUUGGUGUAUGAUUAUUUUCUGCAUUAUCUGGAUUCCAAUUAUGGCCGUCAUAAAAAUAAUUCAAGCUGAAGGAAAUAUCUUUCAACGCAUUGUAAGCUGCUGCAGACCAGCUUCUAACUGGGGUCCAUACCUGGAACGACAUCGUGGGGAGAGAUAUAAAGAUAUGGUAGAUCCUAAAAAAGAGACUGACCAUGAAAUACCUACUGUUAGUGGCAGCAGAAAACCAGAAUGAGAUCUAAUUUUUUAAAAUACGUGGUCAUACAAUGUGAUUAUUUUAGAACAGAGGAAAAUUUUAUUUAUUUUAUGUUAACUGAGUAGAAAAAUGUAUAUACUAUGUUCAUGAUAGUAUAAGUUUUUCCCAUGUAAGCAGGAAUGUAAUAUAAUGUGAAUCUACUAAUAUUUAACAAUGUGAUUAUAUUUCUUUUUAGAUUAUCUAUCUGUAUAACACAUAUGUAGCUGUCUCUAUGUCACAGUAAUACUUUUGUAAAUAUUACCAUAUUUUUCUAAUAUACCAAAGACUUUAUUUUGAGCCAGUUAUUUAGAAAAUUGUUAUAUUUUCUAUUAUACAAGUUUAAAAAUAUUAUUUACCUAUAUUUUCUUGGUAUAUAAUCUUUCUUUUCCAUAGAGCUGGGGAAAAUAAAUCAGUAUACUUAAAAGAAAGUGUUAAAAUUGAAGGCCUCAUUUAACUAGAAAUGCUACACAUACAUGAAAAAAUGGACUGUGUCUAUAGCACUGUAGUUUAAUACUUUUAAUCCAAAUAUAUCUAAAAUUUUCACGUAUUUAUGGGUCUCUUUUUCUAUGUGCACGUAGUGGUUAUGUUUACUUACAAAUAGUGAAAUAAGGCAGAAAAAUAAGGAUUCUAUGGCCAGUAAAUGAUAAAUCUAGAAAAUGGAAUCCAGAAGCUUCGAGUACUUCUUUCCCCAUAUAAUGUCUUCCUAGGUUAUACUUGGAAGAAAAUAUCUCCCUCCUAAUUUCUACUGUGUUUCACAAAAUUAAGAGUUGUUCAUUAUACUCUCUGAAAUCUAGGUUUAUUUUCAAAUAGAACAUGGGACAAAAUGCUAAUGAGGAAAUGGCUUCAAUCAAAUCUAAGAUCUUAUGAUUGUAAUAUAUCAUUAAUAGAUCAAGUAAAAUGAUAUUUGUCUUAUUUGAGUAAGUUACUACUUACAGAUGAUAACUUAUUUAUACACUUAAAGGAGAUAAACUUGUCAAGAUUGAGGGAAGGCAAAUUAGAAAGUGCUAUGUCCCAGUUUCCUAAAAAAAAUGGUAAUGAAAACAUAUCAUUAAUAGGCUUAUACAAGCAUAAUAUUAUUGACCACUGGUUUAAACAUCACAGCCUAGGAUAGUGAACAUUGCCCAAAUAUGUAAGAAACUUCUCAGCUGUUCUUAAGGUCCUUAACCUGGGCUUCAGAGAACAUAUGAAACCGACAUUAUACAUAAUAUCUUUCUAUGUGAAUGUGUACUUGCAUUUUCUAGGGAGAGAGUCUAGAGUUUUCAUAAGAAUACCAAAGGGAUCUGUGACUCAAAAAAGCUUAAGAACCACAUAUACUACUACUUCUGGCUUUUUGUUCUCAGCAAGUGAGGAAUAAAAGGAAUCAUUUUAAGCCUUAAUUUCUGAUACAUUUUAAAUUCCUUUUCCUCUUCCUUUUGAUUGAAGAUUAAAGGAGUAAGGGAUUAAGGUAUUUAAUUUAUACUGGUAAUUUAUUUUGGGGAGAAGGGGCAUGAAGGUAGGUAAACAGAUAAGCCUAUAACUGAACAAUUUCAGUGAGCUAUGUACAUAUAUAUAAAAUAAACUUGUGUUAGAUAUUCU